AUGGAGUACGAGGUCGGAGACUAUUCGGAUGAGGUUUUCAAAAGAAUCCCAUAUGCCGUCGACGUCUUUCAGUGGGUGCGGGAUAACCCCAUGCCUGAUGCAGUGGUGGAACAAUUGAGGGUCGUUUUCAUCAAACAUCGAGUCUAUGAUCAUUUCGGACUAUCUAUCAUUCAUCGACAUUAUGACCUCGAGCCCGGCGAACGGGUAGUCGAGCUCGAAAAUGUCGCGACCCCCUGGCGUGUCCCGGACGCGGACAAGAUGAGUAUCUUCGGCGGCCACAUUGUGCCCAAGAACUGGGCCUAUCUUGACGGUCUUCUGCACCCGUUUGAGUUCCAGUAUCGGCCAGAAGCAACGAAUCCGCAUCCCGAGGUACCCUGCCUGACGACUGCCUUCGUCGCGGAACUUCACCAUGUGCUUGCCCUACAUGACCUCCUGGGCGUCUAUGGCCUGGCUUUACUACCGGAGAAUGCUCAGGAUGAAACGGCCCCAGGCCGCCUCGAAUUUACGGCUGGAAGAGCUAAUAUAACCAUCCCAUUUCCCGACAAGUUGAAGGAUAAAACCUUACAGAGCACUAUGUAUUUGUUCCCUUGUAUUGACCCAUUGCUUGAGCCGUCUUACAAAGGUCCUCGAAUGAGACAUUGUUGGACUUGUGUUGGUUGUGCUUAG